AGAGGCGGUGGUGAACCAUCAGAGUCUCAUCAUGAAAGUCCGUCACACUUUGAUGGUCUUCUUCUUCCUCUAUCUGCAGGAUGGAAACAACGGUCUGGUCAAAGUCCAACUCUAUUCAGGAGCUGAAGGAGGAGAUGUCAGAGUUAAAUGUCCGUCUUCUUUGUUUGGAAGCUGGAAGUUCUUCUGUAAGGAACCGUGUGAACAAGAAGACAUUCUCAUUGAAACAACCUAUGUCAGAGCUCAGAAAGGCAGAUACAGCAUUGAAUGGAUGAGGGAAAGCAGAUAUGUUUAUGUGACCAUCAAACAGCUGACCAAGUCUGACUCAGGACUGUACAGGUGUGGCUUUGAAUCUUCAUCACAGCGGAUUGAAGUCAUCGUUAUAGAUGCUCUGCUGGAUGGAGAUCCUUCUGAAGAAAAAACCCUCUAUUCAAGAACUGGAGGAAAUGUCUUAGUUGCAUGUUACUUUAAUACCUCUGAAUCCAGGAAAUACUUCUGUAAGGGAGAAUGUAAAGACGAAGACAUUCUUGUUGAAACAACUGAUUUCACAGCUCAGAGAGACAGAUACAGCAUCAGAUAUGUACCAGUAGCUCCGUCAGGAGUAUUUCUGUUUGUGGGCAUCACACAGCUGACCAUGUCUGACUCAGGACGGUACCGGUGUGUUCUGGACAGGCUUCUGUCUACAGAUCCUUACCGUGAGUUUGAGAUCGUUGUCACAGAUGGGUGUGUGAAUGAUUAG